AGUUGUGGAGUUAACAACACUGGCGGCAGGUUUUGUAUUUUACUAACUAUUAAUUGAUUAAGAAAAAUGUUGUGAGAGUAUUUUAAUUGUUAAUUUCUUGUUUUAAAUACUGAAUUUUGUUCUAAACUUUAAUCAAAAUGAGUGCUAGUGAACUAACAGACUGUUGCAUUUAUUUAGAAAGUGAUAAAGUAACUGAAAGAAAAAAGUAUUGCACAAAACUAAAUUCUGCCUUGGAAAGUCAAGAAUCUAUCAAUAUAUUAAACCGCGGAAAAUUCGUUUCUUGGAAAAGACUUAUAAAAUCUUUGCAGAAAUGUAUUAAGAAGGAUGCCCAGAAAAUAUUUGAUGAUUCCAAGAAAAAGAAUGGUUCAAGCAAUGCCCCUGCAAAUUAUUUAAGUAUUGAAUUGUUUGUUCAAGUUGUUACCAGGGCCGUUAAAGAAGAUGAAGAAAUAAAUAUCAAUGAUUUGGUUAGGUAUAUACUAGGAUGCAUGGAUGACAUCCAGAUGAAAAAAUGUUAUGAAAAACAGUUCAUGGAUAUUUUACAGAAAUGUAUAUUGUCAAAUUCAAAAUGUAGAGGAACUCUGGAAGAGGAGGAUUGGGAAGAAAUAUACUGUAAGUUGAAGCGUGUCCUAGAAGAAUAUAAUGAGAAUUUAGUGGUGUCUCACAGUUUUAUGACUCUAAUUAAAUACGGUCCAACAUGUGGGCUUCCUCCCAGGCUACUGAGAAAGGAAUUUGACUUUUUGACAAAAAUUUGUCAAAAAGUAACGCUAAAUUCACCAAGAUCUAUUCAAGAAGACAUCAUAGAGACUGCUCUUGAGUUUUGCAAACAUACUGCCAAAGAUAAUCGUGUAUCAUGCUGCAAAUUUGGAGAAGAAAUAUUCACAUCUUUAGCAGAUAUAUAUGAAAUGAAUGGAAAACCAGAAAAAACAAAGGAACUGUUAGUGCAAUUUUUUCUCUUCCAAAUGAUAAUCCAUCAUCCAAACGGUGUUCCAGAAGGCCAUAGCGCAGCUUAUGCUUAUAGCUGGGACAACUGGAAGAAAAUCAUAAAAACUAUGUACAGUAUAAUCUCAAAAGAAAUUAGUUUGUAUUUUAAGUGUUAUCAAAAAAACAGUUCCUUUUUUAAACAAGAAAACGAUAGGACGAAUGUAUGCUCAGUUUUUUCCAGACUUCACGCGGAAACAGUCAAACAGCUAUUCGUGUGUCCAGAUUUAGACGUCACUAUGUCAAUCGACUGUUCGUAUCCAUCACAAAAAAGGCAAAAAGUAAAUUUAAGUAUGAGAGGAUUGAUAGAUAAGAUUCAAGACACCAAAAAUUGGUUGUGGAUACAUCUUGUAAGGUGCUUGAUCCAGAUUCAUCCCAGUGUUAUACAAAUAGAUGAUUACGUUAGUCUCCUAGAAAUAUUGUCUUCGAUUCAAAUUGAAAAGAAUGAUCAUGACAUUGUCGAAAAUGUAUAUUAUUGUUUAUCGACGAUGCUGCACAUGGAAAAUAGUUUGGAAAUAGGAUUCCACCAAGAUAAAUUAACAAAGUUGUGGAAAGUUAUCGGAGAAAAUACUACUAGGGCAUUUGGCUUAAACCAACACAAAGACGCCACCGAAGCUCUCUUAGAGGAAUUAAUCGGCAGAGGCAUAGUAGACUUCGAGGAUAUUCUUCCAACGUACCAAUCUGACGUAAUUAACUUAUCACUACAAAGCAUCAGAACAUACAAUGCUGGUUUACGUCACAUGAUAUUAAACAACGAUCUGCAGAAGAAGGAGUGUAUAAUGAAGAGCGUACUGAAACCCCAGAAUCAUACAGGAUGCCACUAUCUUCGUAGUAAAGAUACAGCCGCAUUCUUAGUAAGACUGAUUUUAAAGCAGUGGCAAUCGAAAGACCAACAGCCAAAAAAUGAACCAGUAGACAUAGACGAGUAUGACAAAUUAAAAGAAAUUUAUUUCAAAUCUUUGUUGGACGAAGAAACUUUGACAUUAAAAAGUAGCAUCAAAAUUACUGACAUUAAAAAUUCACCAGAUAUACAGCGAGAAUGCGUUACUCUGCUUGCUACAAUGGCUACAAAUUUUGUAAUGGAUAAUGCGAGUGUAGAAGUUUUGCUUAGUAAAAUCGUGCUUUUGGUGAAUAUUGCUAGCUGCGUUACGGAACAUCAGAUAAUGUCCGAAGAAGAUAGUAAAAGUUGCUGGUUUGGAAUUUUAAAAAGACUUUUCGAAGCUGAUAGCCUUAAGGAAUUCAAUUUAAUCGACUAUAAAAGCGAUAGAGAAAUUAAGAGACUUAUAGAUUGUGUUAAUAUCCUUAAUGAGUUAUUUUCGUUGGAUGUUGCUAAGUGGGCAAUGGAUAGUCUGAAGGAAUUAUGUCCGUUUGAGUUGUUACGCAAGCUUUUUGUGGUUUUAAAUAAUCUACAAAGUGAUCAAAACAGAAUUUCCCCAUUGCUUCCUAAAUUGAAAAUCAGUAUUCUUCAAGCUUUGUCGAGUUUUGGAUGCCUUUGUGGAAAUGUAUUAAAUAAAAGUCAGGAGCACGUUUUAGAAGUAUUAGCAGUACCUAAUUACAACUACAAUAACGAUGAUGAUUAUAAUUUGUGUGUGUCGUUCCUGAAAACAGUAACGUUAUCUCAACCAGGAGUUUUGACGGAUGGAAUUCUCGAAAACGUCUUACAGUGCAUUAAAGAAUUGUGCUGUGCGAGAUAUCAGGAUAAGCCAGAAGAUAUUCUACAUAUAUUACAUGGUAUGUUUCCUCAUAUAGCUGAAUGCGAAAAUAUGGAAUUUAAAAAUUUAUCUAUGUUACUGCUAAAACCUUUUUAUGACAACAUCAAAAGAAAUGGACCGAAUGUGCAGUUGGCUCUUCUUAAUUGUCUCCAAAAGCUGUGUGAGCUGGAUCCGUACAGCACGUUUGCCAAGUGGGAUAGCACCGAAAUAAUACGAUUCGUACCGGAUUUUUUGAUAAGUGAUUAUCAGGAAGUGCGAUUUAAGUCAAUCGAUGUCUUGGUCACUUACUACAAGAAGAACUCCGAUACUAGCAAUAUUGAAGACAUCCACAGACAAGAAGAAAUAUUUGUGAAAGUUUACGAAAUGAGUGUAUCUGUCUUUAACAUAGACGAAAUAACGACAAAUGAAAGAAGAGUAGACGAAGUCAUCUCAAGAACAGCUAGCGUACUACAUACUUUCGGAGAAAUAGCAACAAACUGUGAUAAUUGGAUUGAAGAAAGUAUGUAUUCGCUGAUGAAAAUAGCAUAUACCAAAAAUAUCGAUUCGCUGGACAAAAUAAUUAAAAUUAUUAGUAAACGAAAGUUUCAAUACACCGAAGGUAACAUAUUAGAAACAUAUAUUUCCUAUAUAGUUCAAAAAUGGUGCGCCGAAGGUUAUUCGUUCGAAAAUUUCCACUAUACACUGUUUAACUGUUCCACGAAAUACGAAUUUUUCAAGAAAUACUUUGCCGAAUGUGCUCCAAUCUUGAUGACGACUGACGCUGCUGAUGAUAUUAUAAAAGUUGCUAAAGAACUUGUAGCGACGGAUAUGAAACUUGUAGAGCAAACUGGAGCAAAAAUAUUUACUCGUAUAAUAUGUUCCGAUCUAGACAAUAUGACAGCUGACAUAUUGGUCAAAAACAAGAGCUUGCUCCAGUAUUCCAAGGUAAUGGAGCAUACAUCUCUAAAGGAUGCUUUACAAAACAAUUUAGAUCAAAUUGUAGUAGGAAUAUUGGAUUUUUUAACUGACGAAAAUGGUAUAGAGUCUCAUUUUGGAGAAACUGUCAUAUUUUUCGUAAAGCAUCUUAGUUCGGUUGAUGUUAGGAAAUGUUUUAAAUUUGUGGAGACAUUCCUUUGUGAUAAUGAACCACUAACAAACUCCUUAACAAGCUCGAAUCUCUCUAAGUUCGAAAAUAUCCUACUUGAACUUAAGUGUAACAUAUACAAGAGCGAAGUCUUCAUGGAUAAACUAAAAUAUCUUUACGCUUAUAGAUUUUUUGUAAGCAUGAUCAUAAACGAGCUGAAAUCCGAUAGCUCCUGGAGAUACUUUUUUAUAAGGGACGUGAUAAAUACAUUGUUUAAUAUUAUCGACAUCAAUAAAAACUGUACAAGGAUUGAAACCGCAACGUGCAGAUUGCUAAAUAGCUUUCUGAGACAGCUUUCUAAAUUUUUGACUACUUUUAAAGAGUUCUUUCACGAUACUGUAAGCUCAUUGAAAAAGUUUUACGUUACCAGAAGCAAUAUAAAGAAAUACUGUAAAGAACUGUUGGUAUUUUUGGUAGUAGACAACGCUAGACAUUUUGAAGAACAAAUUAAAACCUUGGACAGCUUUCCUGAUCAUGAGGACUUCCAGGAAAUACGAAAAGUACAGAAAAAAAUAAAGUACGGUGACAGUGAUCCCGGCGUGGAGGAGGAAAUCGAACAGUUUCUAAAUCACAAAGACAUUUUAACCAAAGAAGAUAGUUUGCAUCAUUUGAGGGAAAUUUUGUGCUAUCAAAAAGUUAAAUUAACCGGAUUAUACGACAGAUUGCAAGAUAUUAGAUUUUCUGAGGAUUGUGAGCAGAGUUUGGUGCAUAGGUUAGUCUGCACGCUAUCCCAACUGAGUUAUUCAACGGACCAAAAUGUUAGUUUUGAAGCUGCAAGAUGUUUAGGUGAAAUAGGUCCGAUCAAUUUACAAACUUUAGUUUUGCAAGCGGAAAAGAAUCUGGUUCAUGUUCGACAUUCUCCAUUUGAGAUUGUAUGUGGUACCAGCAUUUUCUUGUUAACGAAAUUCCUUAUUGACUGUGAUAUAGAUGUGAUACGGAAAGCUAGUAAGAUGUUAUAUGUGGCAUUAGAAACCAAAGAGGGAAAGAAAACUGUAGAUGAUGGUGCUGAUCUCGGCUACGGUCCUAUAAACAAAAACUACAUAAUUCCAUAUUAUCCAACAACAUCUUCUUCGCGACCUCAGAAAGUUAAUGUUGAUAUAAAUGCAUUUAUAGAAAAACUUGACUCCAACGAACUUUGGUGUCCACAAGAGAAUGUUAGCCAUCAUUCUUGGAUAAACUUAUUAGUUUCGAGUAUGUUAGAGACUUUUGUUGGUAAUCACUUUUUAAAAGGACUUACAGAAAUUUGCAACGCUAAGGUAGAAUUCUCUGAACAUCUGUUACCACUUAUAGUGAAUUUAUUAGUGUCGAUUGGACAUAGAACAGUAAUCAAUAUAUUGUCCAAAAAUAUCGAAUACUUUUUCUCUGAGCAUUGGAGAUUGACAGUGCGAGAAAGCACAAAAGAAGAAUUAAUCGCAGUCAACAAAAAAUCUGUUAAGUGCAUGCUGAAUGUAGUGAAUUAUGUACGCUUAAUGAAAAAUUGCAGUGUUUACAAAUCCAGGUAG